AUGGCCACCUCGCCAGGCAAGAAGGUCGACGUCCCGACCGUCUCCUUCCGCGUCAUCACCGACGCUAAGGCCUUCGUAGGCCCGGCGGGCGUUCAAAGCGAGCAGGCGCGAUCUUAUGGCUACAAUGACUUUUCCUAUUUUGAGAGGCCAGAGCACUACAUCCGUCACAUCGAGCCUAUCGAGAGCGAGCUUGCAGUGCAAGUAGAGUACGACAUGGACGAGCAGGACCAGGAAUGGCUGGACGCAGUCAACGCCGAGCGCAAGAAGGAGCAGAUGGGGCCAGUGUCGUACGAGCUCUUCGAAGUCAUCAUAGACAAACUAGAGAAGGAGUGGUUCAACCUCAUUAAGCGCAUCCCGCAGCCGCAGAGCCACUUACCCGUUGAGGAUUCGAAAUGCGCCAUAUGUGACGACGGCGAAGGAGAGAACUCGAAUGCCAUCGUCUUCUGCGACGGUUGCAACCUCGCCGUCCACCAGGACUGCUACGGCGUUCCCUACAUCCCCGAGGGCCAGUGGCUGUGCCGGAAGUGCACUGUGUCCCCAGAGAACCCCGUGUCCUGCCUGUUCUGCCCGAACGAGGGCGGCGCAUUCAAGCAAACCACAACUGGGCUAUGGUCACACCUACUGUGUGCCAUAUGGAUCCCCGAACUGGGUGUUGGCAACUCGAUAUACAUGGAACCUGUCGAGAGCGUCGAGAACGUCCCCAAGAGCCGAUGGAAACUCGUGUGCUCUCUGUGCAAGGAGCGCGUUGGCGCGUGCAUCCAGUGUGAGAAACCGAGCUGCUUCACCGCAUUCCACGUGACGUGCGCGCGCCAGGCGGGUCUGCUCAUGAGCAUGAAGUUAAUGGGCGCGGACGGGCAGCUCAAGGCGUUCUGCGACAAGCAUCUGCCAGCGGACUGGCGGUUGGCCUCCGAGGCGGACGACAUUGAUGACGAGUCGUACCAUGGCUCUGAGGAAGACUCCGAGGACGCACCAUCCCCUGCUUCCCCAAGAAAACGUAAGCGCAACGACUCGACGACGACACGUCCAACGACUAUAACGACCAAGUCGGCGCGUGCACACGCCAAGUCGUACAGACCUGGGCCGCCUAUCGUGCCGCGCAUGAUCGUGAACCGCCUCGUCGAUUACGUUGCAAAGGUGUCGAUCAACAAGCGUAACCUCUUCAUCGAGCGCCUAUGUCGAUACUGGAGUCUGAAACGAGAGGCACGGCGUGGCGCGCCACUGCUGAAGCGCCUCCACCUUGAACCGUGGACCGCGACGACGGAAUCGCGUGACGAGACGGAAGCAGAGAAGGUGAAGAAGCUCGAGUUCCUCGUCGCGCUCCGCAACGACCUUGAGAAGGUGCGCCUGCUCGCUGAGCUCGUGCGGAAGCGUGAGAAGGAGAAGCUUCGUCAGGCACAGGUCAUCAAGGACGUCGUCGAGAGCUUCGUGUUCCAGCACUUCACUGCGUUACGGGCGGCGUACGAACGCAUCGCCGCUCUCGACAAGGAGGACAUUUUCCUCCACCCCGUCGACAAGGACGAGGUGCCCGACUAUUACGAGGUGAUCAAAGAACCGAUCUGUUUCUCCGACAUCGAUGAGAAGAUCGACAACGUCAUCUACCGCAACGUGGCGGAGUUCAAGCACGACAUCAGCCUUGUAUUCGCGAACGCACAGGUGUACAACAAGUCGGACACGGCGUUUUACCGUCGUGCCGGUCGGUACAAAUCGCUUGCGGAGCCGAUUCUCUCUGAGUUGGACGGCCUUCAUGCCACGUCCUCGCUCUUGCCGGCAGGGGACGAGUGGAUCCACCCGGCAGAUGGCGCUGUGGGUGACCUCGAGACCUCGCUGGCACGAUUGCAUACGCUGCUGGCACCAGACCGCACCGACCCGACGCGCGAUCUUCUCGCGUCGAUCUUCGUGUCUGAAGUGGAGAAGCCGAAGGAGCCGACGCCGCCGCGGCCAAAGCGCCAGUACGUGGACCGGAAGAAACUGCAGGCAGAGCGCGAGGAGCGAUACCAGGAGCGCAAGGCAUUGGGCGGGCUGCGGACGAGCCGACGCAACAACGCUCUUGCUUCCUCCCCGUUGGAGACGCCGGCGCCUGAGCUUGCUGCUGAGCCUGAACCGGUACCUGAACCCCAGCAUCGGUCAGAGCCGGGUCCAAGCGGCACGAGCUUUACUCCACGGAGACGCACGAGGCGCGCAGUGGCGGAGGCAGAGGCCAGCUCCGCUUCCUCGUCUCCUGGAUCCAUCAAACCCAUGAAGCACCCACAACGCGGUGUUCUCGGCGUCCGGAGCGUACCUGUGCUCACGGACGCGCAGCGGCGCGCCAAAGAAAAGAGACUGGACCUGGUUACGACAUCAUUAGACGCGCGGCACCAGAACGAGCGCUUCAACGUGGGCUGGAUCUUGCCCGAGGGGUCGAAGCGGCGGCGGGCCGAGCCGGACCCUCCCAAACUCAAGGAGCCUCCCAAGUCCAAGCCAAGGGGAAAGGUGUACGAGCCGGAUCCGAAGGAGAAGAACGAGACGGAGAAGGAGAAGACGGGCAAGGAGAACGGGCGGCCGCGCAAUGUUUCCCUGUCGUCCGCACGGUCCACCACGCCACGGUCCAGCAAGCGCAAUGCAUCGCCAUUACCAUUACCAGGGCCGUCCGCCAAGCGGCUGAAAGCCGAGAGUGACGACGACGAGCUCACCCCUGUGCCGGAUAGCGCACCGCUCACUGCCACCGAGCCGACCUUCCCAGAUCGCGGCAGUUUAUCGCCACUCCCAGAGGACAUGGCGACGCCGCGGAAGAAGAUGGAUGUGAGUGAGGAGGAGACGGAGGGGAUGGCAGAUGAACAGAGCGAUGAUAAGGAGGAGAGCUCGACGCGCAAGGAAGCCAUGGAAGUCGAAGAGAGAAACGAAAAUGUGCAGGCGGAGGCGGCUGAACUUGUCGAGAACGACAAGGGGAUGAACCCACCAGGGCCACCAGAAGAAGGGAACGAGUCAGCACCGCCAGAAGCGGGGAACGAGAGAGCUGAGGACGGUACGCUGGAGAGCGCGACAGCGGUUCAAGAAGAAGAUCACGACGGUUCCGGCCAGAUGGCGAUGGCAGCCAGUGAGGAGGACAAGGUUCCAAACGACGACUCCGCAGCGGAACCCGCCGUGGACGACGCACCCACCACAGGGCCGUCCGCCGCCGUCCCACCACAGGCCAGCAUCGCGCACUCAGGUCCAUCCUCCCCUCCCGCCAGUAAGGUCAAGCUCGAUUUCCGACCUGGCAUGCAAGUGUGGGCCAAGGUAACGUCGUUCCCGUACUUCCCUGCCCAGAUCGUCGACCCUGUGACCGAACGGGAGACUGUGCCACAGAGCGUUCUAGACCUCGAGGAGAGCAGCGCCAAGAACGGUGCCGUGCUUCUUGUCCGCUUCUACGACAAGGAGGGAUCAUGGGGCUGGGCGACUGAGGACCGAAUCGCGCCAAUCGGCGGUGAGGACGACGUGUUGUACCUUGCCGGCAAGGAGCCGGGCAAGAAGAAGAAGGCUGCCAAUAACCGCACCAAGGCCAAGUGCCGCAAGGCGUACAACGAGGCCGUGGCCGCCAUGAAGCAGGCGUAA